GUUUCUUAUAUGUAUUUGUACGCCUUCUUCUGUAUUUUUCUUUGAUCACAAAUUUUUUCGAAGUUUUUGAUGAUAUAUUUUCUCAUUUUAACCAUGACCGUCGUAGACUUGGAGCCAUACAUGGUGACAGUUGCACCAAGCAGAUGGGUAGGCAGCGCAGGGGGGGUUCACCCAUGCCUAUAUGUGACCCUGUAAGAAACUUGAUGAGACAACAGGAUUUGAUAUGCAACUUGGGCACCAAAGAGAAGGUUGAAUAUGUUAAUCUAUGUUUCAGGUGGAUCAAAGUUGACAGCAAAGAGGUGUCAGGCGUGGAUGCCAAGUUUUUCAUUGCAUUGUCAGUCCGCUAUCUGCGUAUGCAUGUCGUAAGAACCUUUUAUUUAUCCGCCGGAUAUGAUUUGGAUCGGGUCAUUAUUGAGGUUGCUAAGAGAGACUCUUGCAUGGAUAAACUAAAUAAUCCUUACGGAGUAACAUCUACUAUUACCACAGAAUAGUAAUAGCAGGAGUAGUCAACAACAUCACCUGCAAAGGAAAUGUAAAACAGUAAAACACCCAUUGAUCAU